AGAGAGAGAGAGAAAGAAGCAAGCAAGCAAGAAAGAAAGAAAGAAUGAAAAAGGCCAGCACCCCUUCCUUGCCGGCCGGCACUUCGACUGCAGAGUUUUGCCCACACUUCGAGACUUAGGGCGCAGUGCCUUUCAGAAUUUGCCCACUCAUCUGGUAUAACUAGUUCUGAUGGCUGGGAAUAAAGGAAGAGGACGUGCUGCUUAUACCUUUAAUAUUGAAGCUGCUGGAUUUAGCAAAGGUGAAAAGUUACCUGAUGUAGUGUCGAAACCACCCCCACUAUUUCCUGAUACAGAUUAUAAACCAGUGACACUGAAAAUGGGAGAAGGUGAAGAAUAUAUGCUGGCUUUGAAACAGGAGUUGAGAGAAACAAUGAAAAGAAUGCCUUAUUUUAUUGAAACACCUGAAGAAAGACAAGAUAUUGAAAGGUAUAGUAAAAGAUAUAUGAAGGUGUACAAGGAAGAAUGGAUACCACAUUGGAGAAGACUUCCAAGAGAGAUGAUGCCAAGAAAUAAAUGUAAAAAAGGCCCCAAACCCAAAAAGGCAAAAGACGCAGGCAAAGGCACUUCACUCAUUAAUACUGCAGAUGUUUUGAAAAACAUUGAGGAAUUGGAAAAGAGAGGUGAUGGUGAAAAAUCAGAUGAGGAAAAUGAAGAGAAAGAAGGAAGCAAAGAGAAAAGUAAAGAAGGCAAGGAUGGCGAUGACCACGAUGCUGCAGAAGAGGAGGAAUAUGAUGAAGAAGACCAAGAAGAGGAAAAUGACUACCUUAAUUCAUACUUUGGAGAUGGAGAUGACUUUGGCCCAGACAGGAUGAAGCAAACUUUUAGGCAUGAAAUUAAAAAAAAAAAAUUUUAUGAUGCAGCUUCUGAACAUUUGGACAGUCUUAUUUCUGAUAGGGUAUAAGUAUUUAUGUUUUUGUUUUUUUGGACAAAUAUUUGUUACCAAAAUAUUCAAAACCACUUUGAGUUUACAUACUAGUUACCUUACAAAUUAGUCCCUGACACUCUGACAUUCCUUCUAAACACCUCUGCCAUCUCUCUUAUGUACUCUCGUGGAUUUUUUCAUAUUUGAAUAUGAAUGUGCCUAAAGAAUUUAUGCUCUCUUAAUCUAUAUAUACAUACUUGAAGAAAUCAUUCUUGCUUAACUGCUGAUCUUUUAUAAAACUAUUGCUAGUCAUAAUGAAUUUCUAUAACCUGAAAGUUGAUAUAACAGCACAUGGAGCACUUUAAAAACAAACUUGAAAAUAAUUUUAGUUUUUACUUUUACAUAGUAUGUUCUAGACUACUGCAUUUUGACUACAUAAACCUACCUGAGCUCUUACAAGUGCACAAUUGUGAGAUAGAGGUUUUGUGAUGGAAAACAUACACGCAGGGAAAAAUACCAAACUGAGCAAUAUCAAGUUCAGAGCUCACAUCUUAUCCAGUACAAAGAAACUUUCACAGGGGGUGAAUAUUAUAAAUACUUGAAUUUGGGACUGACUUGAUACUGUAUGAUAUAUAAAUUAAUCACCUCACUGUAAUCACUUGGACAUCUUCAAAUAGUUGGGCUUAUGAAAAACUUGACUAAGAUACUUUAUUUUGUCCUUUAUGUAAGUGUGAAAUAAGUUCUGGUCAUAUAAAUAUCACUAUAGAAUGCAUGUGAGUGAACUCUAUGAAGUAUGGUGGCAUUUUAUGUUUCAGAGUACUCAAGUUGUACAUUUGAUUUAUAUAAAUGCAAAAUGAACUCAGGUCAUUUUGAAAUUAAGACUUUUUUGUUUAACUUUAAAGCUAGCUCCCCCAACUUUAUAUACUUUUGGGGAAAAAAAUGCCUAAAAACCUUAGCCUACAAAGACUCUCACAAAUGCCAAAGAUUUUCAAGGAAAUUCAUAUUAUAUAUUUGAAAAAUGAUUGAUCAACGUUAUUUACCAAAAGAAAUUAUUUUUCCCCUUUGGGAAGAUAUCAUUAACCUGAAAUGUGGGAACCUGAUCCCUAGAUUCUAUUUCUACCUGUACUAUUAAAUUCAACCUUGAAACUGAAAAAAUAAAUAAAUAAAUGAAAGAAAGAAAGAGUUAAAGGUUCCCUGCUGCUACCAGUACAAGAAGAUAUACUAAAAAUAAUAUUACUUAACAAAGUGUAUCUUCAUAAUAUACAAUAAUAUUAAUUAUAUCCAUUAAUAUGAAUAACUUAACAGUUAAUACAAAAGGAAGGAAAUUUGAGAAGAAUAAUGCUUUGACUACAUCAGGAAAAUAAAUGGAGGUAUGAAGAUAAGUAUUUUCUGACAUUUUUAAAAAUCUUAAUAACAAAGUAUUCUUCAAAGUAUGGUAAAAUAAACACUUUUUAAAAAUAAAUUAACAUCUUUAAAAUGCUGGAAGGAGAAAAAUCUGUCAACUCAGAUCUAUAUAGCCAGAAAAAAUAUCCUUCAAAAACGAGGGCAGAACAAAGACUUUUUAGAUAAGGGAAAGCUGAAAAAAUUCAUUGGCAGCAAGCCUGAACUACGACAAUCCUUCAGUCUGCAGGGCAAGAAUACUAAGUGGAAACUCAGAUAAAUAAGAAAUGAAAAAUUCACCAGAAAUGGUAAACAUGCGGGUAAAUAUAACAUUUUCUCAUUUCUUUAAAAGACAAUGACCAUUUAAAGGAAAGCAAUAUUGUAUCGUGGAUUUAUAAAACAUGGAGUAUUAAAAUAUAAGAUAGCAAUAACACAGUCACCUCUAUCAGGCGACUGUCCCCUCCUUACCCUCUCCCCUGCUAAGCCCAGACAUCAUGAUCAAGAACCAGAUUCAAAUGUUGGCACCACCACUUCCUAAGCAGCCUCUGUCAAACCAUCCAAAUUCUCUGAACCUCAAAUUCCUGUUCUCAGUGUUGGUGGUUUUAUCACCAUCUUCACAGGCUUAGAGAGCCGGCAGGAGCAUGUUGGCCUGGGCUGUGAGCCCAGGGUUUUGGUCCCUGAAGCCCACGGAACCCCAGUGCUGUACAGUCACACUGUGAUGCCAUGAAGUGUCUAUGUGACCAUGGCAAGCCACUCACUGACACCGUUCCCCAGAAGCUCAUCCAUCAAGCAUGCACACUCACUACUCUGCUCAGCUCACCCACUAGGCAGCUCAGCUACUAUUUGGCACCAUUUCCCUGGCCCCAGCGCCUCUCCAUGGGAUAAUCCCCUCCCCAUUGGUGGAUGAGCCCAGCACUGUGGCUGCGUCCCCUGGCACCCAUCCACUGAGAGACCAGUAGGUAUCCCACCCUUCUGCUGGUUACUGCACUGCCACCGGGCACCACAGGCUACACUAACACUGAACACAGAUGUUCAAGUCAUCAAAGGGUCAGUGACCAAGCAGAGAACCCUCAGGAUGUGUGAACACAAAAUGGUCAAAGAGGAAGCAUAGUUCCCUCCAGGUGACAGUACCACAUCAGCACGUCCUUGCUCAAAAUCAUUCCGUAAGCAUUUCUGGAGCACCUACUAUGCGCCAGACGUUGUGCUAAGCAUUGAAAAUACAGGUUAAGGGCUGGGUGCGGUGGCUCAAGCCUGUAAUCCCAGCACUUUGGGAGGCCGAGGCGGGUGGAUCACAAGGUCAAGAGAUCGAGACCAUCCUGGUCAACAUGGUGAAACCCCAUCUCUACUAAUAAUACAAAAAAAAUAAAAUUAGCUGGACAUGGUGGCACGUGCCUGUAAUCCCAGCUACUCAGGAGGCUGAGGCAGGAGAAUUGCCUGAACCCAGGAGGUGGAGGUUGCGGUGAGCCGAGAUCAUGUCAUUGCACUCCAGCCUGGGUAACAAGAGUGAAACUCCAUCUCAAAAUAAAUAAAUAAAUAAAUAAAAUACAGGUUAAGAAAAACAUAUGCUGAAAUGUUGCAGGUAGGUGACAUGGGGUAGGCAGACUCACCUCAAAGAAGGAAAAUUUAACACAGAGCCAUCAAAACAAUAGUAAUAUACCAUCAGGCCACCUUCGUGGAAGUAUCGCAGCAUGCUACACACCCUUGUGUCAGUUCUCUAGAGCUACCAUAACAAAUCACCACAAACGUCAUGGCCUAAAACAACAGAAAUCCAUUCUUGCACAAUUCAGGAAGGUGGCAGUCCAAGACCAAGCUAUCAGCAAGACCACACUUUCUCCAAAGACUCUAGGGGAGACUCCCUCCCUGCCUCUUCCCACUCUUGGCGGCUCCAGACAUUUCUUGAAUUGCGGCUGCGUCACUCCAAUUUCCGCCUCCACCUUCCCAAAACCUUCCUCUGUGUCUCUCCCAAAUCCGCCUCUGCCUUUCUCUAUAAUGACCCUGUCACUGAAUGUGGGGUACAUCCUAAAUCCAAGGAAAUCUCAUCUCAAGAUCCUUAAUUACAUCUGCAAAAGUCUUUAUUUCAAAUACAGUUACAUUCUAAAGUCCCCAGUGGCCAUUUUUUUUAAAGGGCUACAAUUCAAUCCACUAUCACCCUUUACAGACAUGGACUCACCCAUGCCUCAAAACACUCUUCUAAGGCAAAUACUGUCAAUACCCUCAUUUUACAUAUGGUGAAACUGAAGAGAAGUUAAAAAUUUGCCCAAAAUGACAUGAUUAAUCAUGUGAGAGCCAGGAUUUGAACCCUGGGCUCUCUGAUGUCUUGAUGCUACUUUUGUACAUCCUCCCAUUCUUUAUCAGUCCCAUGAUAGUUGGGAGCAGACUGGGCUAAUUCAACCUUCAAGGUCAGAGACAGGUUCUCAGAGGGAGGUAGAGCUAAGCCCAGCACUGAUGGCUGAAGUUGACCUGGAAGAAGAAACCAGGAAAGGGCAUUAGAGGAGAGGAAGUAGCAUGGCCCAGGGAACAGUGUAGUUUAUUGCCAAGGAACAGCACAUGGCUCAUGAUAGCUGGUGCAUGGGGUGCAAGAGAAAGAGAAGUGAGCAGCCCCAAAAACAGGGGGCUCAGCAAGGCCAGAGCCCAGAGGGUGUUGAGAGCCAGAGGGAGGCCGACCUUUGUCUUACAGGCUGCAGGGAGCCAUUAAACUGGGUGAAGCAGAACAGGUGUAUAAGCUACGCUGCUACUGCGCAAAUGCUAGACUGAGGGGCACACUGAACAAUACGGAAAAGUUACCCAACUCCUGUUGUCCAGCCCCACCUGCUGUUCUGCUCUAAUCAUGCAGGCGUAAGAACUGGUAGAGUUGGCACCACUCAGGGCCCCUGGCCCCAUCUCCAACACUCAUCUCUGCUUGCUGGGUUUAGAAUCUAAGCCUAACUCUCAAACAUGCUGACAUUUGAAAAAGGCAUUUCUGAUAGAAAUGAAAACGGGGAAUCGCCACACUGUCUUCCACAAUGGUUGAACUAAUUUACACUCCCACCAACAGUGUAAAAGUGUUCCUUUUUCUCCACAUCCUCUCCAGCAUCUGUUGUCUCCAGAUUUUUUAAUGAUCGCCAUUCUAACUGGCGUGAGAUGGUAUCUCAAUGUGGUUUUGAUUUGCAUCUCUCUGAUGACCAGUGACGAUGAGCAUUUUUUCAUAUGAUUGUUGGCCUCAUAUAUGUCUUCUUUCAUAAAGUAUCUGUUCAUAUCCUUUGCCCACCUUUGAAUGGGCUUGUUUGUUGACCCAGCAAUCCCAUUACUAGGUAUAUAUCCAAAGGACUAUAAAUCGUUCUACUAUAAGGACACAUGUACACGAAUGUUCAUUGCAGCACUGUUUACAAUAGCAAAGACCUGGAAUCAACCCAAAUGCCCAUUGAUAAUAGACUGGAUUGGAAAAAUGUGGCACAUAUACACCAUGGAAUAUUAUGCAGCAAUCAGAAAUGAUGAGUUCGUGUCGUUUGUAGGGACAUGGAUGAAUCUGGAGAACAUCAUCCUCAGCAAACUGACACAAGAACAGAAAAUGAAACACCGCAUAUUCUCACUCAUAGGUGGGUGAUGAAAAAUGAGAACACAUGGACACAGAAAGGGGAGUACUAAACACUGGGGUCUA